GCUGAAUGUUGCGUUUGACCUUCCUGUGUCGAUAUAUAAAUACUCGUUAUUGGUCUAAAUUUUUUAACACUUCAACUAUCAAACAAAUCUAGAAACUGGUUGUGAACUUCAACCGAGACAUGGAGGGGAAAAAACAUACGCCGCGCUCGAUUCUGGGGGCUUUCUACGAUGCAGAACGCGUAUAUAUGUCCGCGCCGGUUGACAAAAGAGACUUUAGUGGCAUAUCUGCCACAUUGUCACCUGAUGUGAAACUGGAACAAACCCCGAACCUUCCUUACGGUGGUGUCUAUACAGGGGCAGCUGGUUUCCAACAGUGGUCAGGGAAAAUGGCAGAGCUAUUUGAUGCUGUGGAUGUCAAAGAACCGGAGAUAUUCGAAAGGGAAGGUUCAAACCGAAUCGUGGUUCUGUCAACGGUAAAUUUCAGGGUACGCAAGACUGGCAAGAUGCUGGUAUAUCCGUUUUGCCAGGUUGUCUCCGUUGAUUUGGAAAAGGGCCAAAUCACCGAGAUGAGACCAUUUUAUUGGAAUGUGCAUGCACUGAACGAAGCACUAGGGUUCAGUCAUUAGGUCAAUUUUGGCACAUUUUGUUCACUAGUCCUUUUCUUACGGAGAGGAGCUAGG